GCGAAGAAGGAUCAACAGUCACUGACACCGGAUUAGUUGGGACACAAAUAUGCAUGCACUUCUCUUGUUCUGCGUGUAGCGGGAAGUCUUGCUAGCCUAGCGUUGGUUUCCCUCUUCGGGCCCGGCCCGGUUUUGAGCGAUGAGCGAGGGAAAUGUGGAGAAGCCAAGUUUAAGGUUGGAAGCCGCAAUCCAGACCCUAGAAGAUACAGUACUGCAUCCCAGAGCAAGCAGAGAUGACAAAGCAUUGACUGUGCGAGGGGAAGGAGAAAAGGCUGCACCUGUAACGAUCCCAGCCAGAAUUCGACAGAUUGUUACAGAAAGUUUAUCUGAUCCAUCAGGUUUAUCAAAAACAGACAUUCCAACCAAUAUGCAAGAAGAAAACUACUUAUUGCAGAAGGAACUUUCUCGCCUUGAGGACCUGUUGGCACACACUCGUGCAGAGAAGGAUGAGUUGGCUAGCAAAUAUCAAGCUGUUAGUGAAAGGCUGCAGCAAGCACAACAAGCAGAGGAGGAAGGAAGUACAGCGUUCCUGCAGAUGAGACAGCAGUUUAAAUCGGAUGAAAAAGCACAUAAGCGUAAGAUGCAAGCCUUCCAGGAUGGGCAACAGCAUCAGGCUCAGCUAGUACAGAAGAUGCAAAACAAGGUAUUGCAAUAUAAGAAAAGAUGUGGAGAACUGGAACAGGAAUUACUGGAGAAAACCUCUGAGUGUGAGCGUCAGAAACAGAUGCUGCAAUCAAGAUUAGACUCAACAGAAUUACGUUUACGACGCAUUGGACAUGACCAUAAUACAGAGUUGGAGAACACUCUCAUCCACCUAGAAAAAGAGCAGCAGAGGAGUGCUACCCUUUCCCAGAUGAACACUCUACUUCAGGAACAGCUAGAAGAGGUGAAAUGCUCGAAACAGAGACUAGUUGGGGAGCUAGAGAGGAAUGCUACUGAUAUGCACAGGCUGAGAAGUGAACUAGAACAGAAGAGCUAUGAUUCCUAUCUCAGCAAUGAACACAGUGGGAUUCUCCUGCUAUGGCGUCAAGCAGCCACACUCCGUGGGAACUUUGCAGAGCUUCGCACAACGCUGGAGAGAGGACUUGCUGAAGCAGGAACGGACAUGGCAAGAGCUUCCCGCCGCCUCCAAACUGCCUGUCUCAAUUUGGAUUCCAACUUGCGCCUUUCUGAGAAUAGCUCUACCUGUUUGCUAGAGAAGCAGCUUCGGGAGAAAGUCCGGGAGAUGAUUCAGCUACAGAGUUCUUGGGAUGGAGAAAAGGCUGUUCUAAACUCCAAGAUUACUGAAUUGACCACUUUGAGUGAUAAGCUUAAGGAACAGAACACAAAAAAAGACAAGACAAUCUCUGCCUUAAAAGUGGACAUUCAGAAAUUGGAAGCCAGUAAAAUUGGAGAUCUAGAAGAAAUGAAGGAUCUGAAAGAGGAAACCGAAUCUUUGCAACAUAUUUUAAAAAGCAUCACAAAGUUGGCUCUUGCUGAAUCAAAGAACAUAGGACUUAUUUCCAAAGAUAAUGCCAAAGCUUUACCAGAAGAAGACACUGUAUGGCACACUUAUCCCCUGGGCUUUAGCUCACCUCAACACCAAUGGACAACUCAGUCCCGGAUACAUUCUCCAUCCUGCCAGAAUGCAGCAAUACAAGCAGUGCAAGCCCUUAUCCAAAAGUCACAACAGCGUGAACAGGAAUUGCAUGUGCAGUUGGAAUCCUGCAGAGAUAUCCUGGGAUCUGUCAAGAAGCAGCUUGCCGACUGCCAGCAGGAAAUGAAGGCAGCUGAUCAACAGCUGCAGGAACAGAAGCAGGAAUGUGAAGAGCUGACAAGGGCCCUGGAGGACUGCAGGCAGAAAGCACAGCAUUGGAAAUCCUCAGUGGAAGUUCUAGAAAGAGAGAAGGAGGCCUUGGAGAUAGCAGUCGAAAGCCAGGCUCAACAACUUGAUACUUCCCAUCUGGAGGUAGAGCGCCUGAAAUCGAUGAAUGGAGAGCUACAGAAACAGCGAAAACUCCUUGAAGAGCAAAAAGAAGAUGCGACUAAGGAAAGGGAGAGGACAAGGAAGGAAUUGGAAAGGGGGCAAAGGUCUCUGGAGCAACUUGAGGAAAAAAUGUCAGUCCUGAAGAAAGAGCUAGUGAAUGUGAAGGAAUCUUUGAACCAAGCCAUGCUGGAAAAAGAUGUACUGGAGAGUGCAAAGGAAGGCUUGAGCAAAGCACUUUCCAAAGUUGAAGCCAGCAACACUGAUCUUGAACUCUCCAUACACAAGAUGAAAUCAGAAGAUGCUGAACUAAGGGACUCGCUAGCCCGGAUGGGGGCUCUAAAUGAAGGACUAGCGAAUGACAAAAUCAAACUAAACCAUAUCAUCCUCCAGCUUGAAGAUGAGAAGAGCAAGCUGGUAGGGAGGAAGCAGGAGUUGGAGCACGAGCAAGUGGUUUGGCAAGAACACCUUGCACACUUUGAAAAGGAGCAGGUGCACAUGAGGGCAGAGAAACACGAGUUGGAGCAGAGUUGCCAAGCCUCUGAAGAGAAAGGGGAGAUGCUGGAAGGAGAAAUAGCCUCACUCAGAAGGGAAAGAGUCCAGCUACAGGACCAGAUAAUGCAGCUGAAUAGCCAGAAACAAACUCUAAGUGAGCAAUUGGCCCAGAGCCACAGGGAGAUCGAAAUGCAGACUGAUUCACUCAUCCGUGUGCUACAAGAGAAGGAAGAAAUAGCUAAGGAGAAGGCACAGCUGGCUGUGGAGCUCACUGCAAUGCAGAGGCAGAAGAAGUUGUUAACAGAGGAGACAGACAGGCUCAGUUAUGACUGUCCUCACAUGAGAUUAUUAUGUUGCUCUAAUAAGAGUUUGUUUUCAUUCACAGCGGAAUUAGGAAAGGUUCGACAAGAACUUGAGCUUCAAGAGAGUACCCUAAGAAAAGAGAUACAGAUGUUGAAGCACCAGUUGACUCAAACAGAAGAAGAGUGUCAGCUGUCUAUGAAACAUCAAAAGCAAGCUUUUGAAGAUGACCUUGGGACUCUUAGAAAAGAGAAGGUAGUCUCUCAGAAAGAAGCUGAAAAGAAUCUCCUUGCAGAAAAGCUCAGUGAGUUACAACGAGAGCUGAAAUAUGCCAGAUCUGAGAUUGAACAGGUGAAGCUUGACAAUUUGAAGCGACAAGAGCAGGAUAAGGUACGUGCGGAUAUUUUUUUCUGUGACAUUGAGGGCCGAAUUUUAUUCCUCGCAGGUCUUUCAAGCUAA